AUGGAGGACAAACAUUUCUCAUCUAUGAAACAACAACCCACCAGCCGAAGCCUUGCAUUUUCUUCGCAACCCAAGUCGCCAUCUAGGCCGGAAAACUCAGAGAUCAUGAACAAGGCGCAAACAUGUUCUUCUUCAAUGAGUGAACAACAUCAACGUUUGCCUCCUUGUCCUAGACUAGAAAAUGUUAGUAGUGAAGUGAAAGAGCAAGCUGAGGCCUUGAAAUUACUGCACAGAGAAAGCAGUAGUUCUACUGGACGUGAGAGGCUAAAGAGGCAUAGAGAAGAAGUGAGUGGAAAGGUGAUGAUACCAGAAAUAUGGGGUCAAGAGAAGUUGCUUACAGAUUGGAUUGAUUACUCUCCAUUUGAUAACUUGUUAGCCCCAAAUGGAAUUACAUCAGCUCGUGAAGCACUCAUUGCUGAGGGACGUAGAGCCUGCAGCAGUGCUGCUUCUCAUCAACGAUUGAGAGUAGAAAUUAAGUAG